AUGCAACCCCACGAUCGAGGUCGUCGACGAAGUCGCUCGCCCGAAAAUGACGGCGGCGACCAGGAUGCAAAGGCAGAAGACGUCAACGACGGCCCCAACGGGGCCUCAUCCAACUCAGAUGGUCCCGGUCCCGCAAGGAAAAGGCGACGGAGUCGCAAAGGCCUCGACAAGCGAUUUGAGUGUUCGUCCGAAGGCUGUGGGAAGAGUUACUCUAGGGCAGAGCAUCUGUAUCGCCAUCAGCUCAAUCACAACUCGAAGCAAACAUACCACUGCAACUUCCCUAACUGCACCCGAACAUUUGUUCGGGGAGAUUUGUUGAAGCGCCACAUGGACCGUCACGCCGCCAAGGGAUCCCAGCUUAAUCAAAGGGACUCUAUGGCUGGACAUAUCGCCCCAGUUCUGGCCCCGGGCCCCAACUCCCCAGAAUUCAACCGAAACUCGAUGGAUUAUUCCAAACCCCGAUCGUCCCAUAUGCAAUAUCAGGCUCAGCAAGAUCCCUCUGGGGGGCCUUACUCUCCCUUGACAACCCCUCAGGGCAUAUUUACAAACGGGGGUCUUUCGAAUGGAAUGGACACCUAUGGAGCACAGAACCAGGGCUACGAUAAUCGACCACCACAACUUUCCCAGCCGCACUCGCCUUCGGUAUCGCAACGCCAGUCCAUGCCGACCAAUGCUACACCCUUCGGUGUUAUGUCGCCCAUCGCCAACCCGCAAGGCUUCCCAAAAUCGCAGAACAACAUGCCUCAGUCCAGUAGCUUUGUCUCGCAACAGAAUGUGAUGCCAAUGAACCUACCUCCGUCGCAGUUCUCUAAUGGCCAGAACCAGACGUCGCAUGAAACUGGACAGCCCUAUGGCGCCACUACCGCUGCCGAAUACUCGGAGCCUGGGACUACUCAGGCUGGUGAGCUGAUGAUGUUGGAUCAGAUGUCAAUACCUGGAACUGUUCCCGUGUUCGGUGGUGAUGGGGAUCUUAAUAAGUCCCCAUAUGUCGGAAUGCCGGAGGAUUUUAUGGCUUACCUGUUCAACUCACCUGGUCCGUCAAACAUGACUCCCGUGAUACCGCCUGGGUACUCAAAUUACGGAGACUUGCAAAACAGCCAGUUCAACAUGUCACUAUUGAGUGGCGAUGGUGCUCCACUAGGAUACUUCCCAACAGCUCCGCAGACGGUGAUGGCGGUCAACAAUCUCUUGGAGCAGCAAGUUCCAGAGGCCACGAUUUCCGAGGAAAAGAGUCAGGAACUAUUCGAUUUCAUCAAGGAGCGCUUCCACGACAACAAGCAUGCACCCGUUGAUCGCCAGUGGGAUGGUAUCCUGGAAGGUGACCGCGCCAACGGCGACCAUAUGCUGAGCAAGAGGAUGAUGCAGGCUUAUAUUGGCUCAUACUGGUAUCACUUUAGCGACCAGAUGCCAAUUCUUCACAAGCCGACAUUUUCUCCCGACAGAACACCAAACUUGCUGUUGUUGUCCAUGAUGGCAAUUGGAGGUGCCUGUCUGGACCGAACUCACGGACACAAGGUUACAAAGGCUGGUGCUCAGCUAUCCAACUUCCUUGCCUGGCACCUACGGUGGGAUAUAUUCAUGGACCUAAACUUCCGGCCCCCAGCCAAACUCUGGGUUUUCCAAGCUCUCAUUCUUCUGGAGCUGUACGAGAAGAUGUACUCGUCGAGAGAGCUGCACGAACGGGCUCAUAUCCACCAUGCAACAACCAUUACACUGAUGCGCCGUGGCCGUUCCUUGAUCGGCAAGUCUGCUUUGGAGUCACCACCAAAUCCAAGGGAUAGCUCCAACGGAUCCCGCCAGUCCUCAACAUCAAGUCUCGCCCCGACUGCGGAGAAGUGGUGGGAACAUUGGGUGACCAACGAAGCCACGCGGCGUGCGGCCUUUGCAGCCUUCGUAAUUGACUCGAUCCAUGCCACCAUGUUUGGGCAUUCAGCUGUCAUGGUCGCUCAUGAGAUGAGACUGCCCUUGCCUUGCGAUGAUGCGAUGUGGCGGGCAGGUAGCAGUGCGGAAGUUUGGAGGAUUGAAUCAAAUUUGAUGUCAAACGGUAUCAAACCGAUGUCAUUCUUGGAAGGUCUCAAGCGAACCUUGAGUAACCAAGAUGUGCGAACAAACUCCUUUGGAAGAACUGUUCUAAUGGCAGGACUCCUGAGUGUCUCGUGGCAUAUGCACCAACGAGACCUCCAGGUCAAUGUCCUGGGCGGAGGAAUCAUCCAAGCCCUUGGAGGCCGUGACAGAUGGCGUGCCACUCUGACACGAGCAUAUGACACCUGGAAGGCAGACUUUGACAAGUCGCUAGAACAGUACGAACCUUCGACCGACCCAUACCAAGACAACAUCAUGAAAAAGACCGAGUUCAAUGUUGUCUUUGAGAGCCGCACAGUUUUGCAUCAUCUGGCGCACAUGGCUAUGCAUGCUGACAUUGUCGACUGCCAGAUGUUUGCCCGAGCAAAGCGUCUUCUUGGUCGAGCCAUCGGCCCACAGGAGUUUGGCAGCGCUCAAAGGCGAAUCAAGGAUCACUGGGCACAUUCCGCCAGGGCCAGAGACGCAACGUUCUAUGCUCUCAAGUUUCUAUGCUCAGUCCUCGCACCUGACCAAGUGACACCAGCGCAUGCGGGAGGGUACCACCUGGAUGAGCCAUACGACGCUCGUGACGAUGUCCUCCUCAAUCGCCCAUGGGUUCUUUACUUUGCAGCCCUAGUUGUAUGGUGUUAUGGCUUCGCCCUAGAGGGGCCCUGUCCGAGUGCCCCAAUUCCCACUACUCGACAAGAAAAGCUUCAAUACAUGAGGGAGUACUUCGUCCGAUUCGGCACCAUUGAGAACCCUGGAAACUUGCAAGGAAAGACGGGCAUUAAUGGGAACACGGCGCUCUUGAUGAUCCUGAAGGACACGUUUGAAACUACCCGGUGGGAGCUCUUGCAUGAAGCUUCAACCCUCCUGAACAAUUGCAUUGUCCUCAACUCGGGCGGUACAAUCCACUGA